GAGAUUGUGAUCAUAAACCUUAAUGAUUGUGUUUAAGCAGCAUCUUUGCAGUACAAAACCACAUGCAAAGGCUUUUAGGUUUGAUCUAUAGUCUCAGGAUUCAUGAGACAACAAGACAGGUCCCCCCUCCUCAAGUGAGAAGUUAGAUGAAAUUCAAUUAUCUGACUUUGGUGUAUGUAUCCAACAACCUCCAUUUUAUUUUUUCUUCUUCCUUCAGCUUCAAGGCUCAUUAUCAUUACCACUUUACUCUCUCUCUGCCCCCACAACUUCAACUCAAUCACCGGUAAGACAGUGACUUAAGAGCAUGGACCCAAGUAGCAGAACAAGAAGAACUGGCGUUGGAGGAGGAGGAGCCGUUGUCGCUGCAGGCUCUGUUUGGGAAGCGAGAAUGCAGAGCGACGACGAAGUUAGCGUCAACAACGCCAUCGUCAACGCCACUCAUCUUCUUCGAGCUGUCGACGGAGGAGACAAGAGUUCUAGCAAGCAGAUGAGCUUAAAGGAGGGGGUUAGCGGAAAGCGACCCGCAUGGAAGACAGAUUUGAAGCAGCUCGCGAGGCCGAGAUCGAUCGGUGCUACUCCUCCGGCGACGCCGAGGAGGUCCGUUGGUACUACUCCUCCGAUGACGCCGAGGAGAUCGAUCUCUAGUGACUUAAAUGAUAAGAGUUUGACCUUGUCGGUGGCGGUGAAGAAGGCGAGAUCUGAUUCGGUGGAAGGGGUUGAGAAGACUCCGGGUCGGGUUAAGAAGACCCGAUCGGAGCUUUGCGCGGGGGUCGUCAAGUCCAGUGAGUUAGAUACAGUUGCGUUGAGGAGAGUGAACUCAUUGCCGGAUCAGAGUUCGGAGAAAUGUAAUGAGAAAACAGAGGAGGUAGAUGUGAAAACAGAGGAUGUGGAUGUGGAUGUGGAUGUGAAAACAGAGGAGACCGUUGACGAAAAGAAGCAGAUCACAGAGGAAGCCAAAGAGUUCGGUGUCUGUCAAGAGAUAGUCGUCUUCGCUGAUUCGAAAGAAGAUGAGCAGAUCGACAAUGGCGAUCGCGAGGAAGAAGAAGAAGUGGAGAAGAAGAGUGUUGAUGUGAAAGAGAUGAAUGCAGCACCCAAGGAGACUAGCAAUAACAGAGUUGGUGAUUCUGAGAUUAAAAAGUACAGUCAAUCUAACAACAGAACAGCUCUGUCUCCUCCGGCCUCCGUCCGUAAAGAUCUGCCGCCGGUGAUUAAAAAGGCAGCUUCCGUUUAUACGGUGCCACCAAGCUCAGGUACAUUUGCGGAGAAAGAAGAAAGCUUUACUCAUUCACAGAGAAAAUUAGAGAGUCUAGUGGAUUUGGUGAUGUGGAGAGAUGCAUCAAGGUCGACGCUUGUGUUUGGUCUCGGAACAUUCCUCAUAGUCUCUUCUUCAUACGCCAAUGAUCUCAACUUCAGCUUCAUAUCAGUGGUAGCGUAUAUGGGACUCAUUUACCUUGGCCUAAUGUUUGUAUUCAAAGCCGUGAUCCGCAGGGGAGUGGUGGAGGAGGAAGAGAGGCAUAAAGGAGCUGGAGUGAGAGAAGAAGAUGUGAAGAGGAUGCUCAGAGUCAUAAUGCCUUACCUCAACGAGUCUCUGCUUCAACUCAGAGCUCUUUUUUCUGGCGAUCCUUCCACUACACUCAAGAUGGGAGUGGUGCUGUUCGUCUUGGCUAGAUGUGGCUCUUCUAUCACUCUUUGGAACCUUGCCAAAUUUGGCUUUCUUGGAGCAUUCACAGUACCUAAAAUCUUCAUCUCCUACUCAACUCACUUCUCAGCUUACGGGAGAUUUUGGGUGAGGAGAUUCAGGGACGCAUGGGAAUCGUGCAACCACAAAAAGGCAGUGGCUUUGGCACUCUUCACCCUCGUUUGGAACCUCUCAUCCGUCGUUGCUCGGGUAUGGGCAGCAUUCAUGCUCUUCGUGGCCUUAAGAUACUAUCAGCAGAAGAUGAUUUGGACGACUGAUCAAGAUGAUCUUGAAGAUGAGGAACAUGUAGACGACGACCAAGUCGAAGAAGAAGAAGAAGAACAGCUAGCUCCUAAACCCAUUCAUCAUAAACCCAAAAGAGCACCUUAUACGAUGAUGCCUAAUAAACUAAAGAAAAUUUCUUAAACAUUCUUAUAUUUUCCCCUACCAUGAUAUAAACAUUACGUAAUCUCUUUAGUUUGUAGUUAGGUAUUCCUUUGUUACUCUACUAUAUCUAUAUAUACACACAGCUUCUAUGCAUUUAAUUAA